AUAUUAGACAUGCUGUAAUAUUAUGAGAAAAUGCACAUGCAUGUCUUGCCGCUCUUAUUACUUUCGCUCCAACUUGCUCACGCCCAGGGACCCUGGGUGCAGCUACCAUCCUCAAAAGAGGUGGCGGCCGUGCAUUAUGAAGUGGCAAACUCUUUAAUUUAUAGCGGAUCUCAGACUCUGCUGCUGCUCGGUUGCGAUGCACUGUUGCAGCGGGUGUUCGACCUGACCAAGCUCGUUGCGCCUUCCAAUAUCACAGUAGCAUGCCGUGUAUCCGAUAGGUGUCCGUCGACAAGAGAUGUGGCUGCCAAACUUCAGAUUGCCCGUGUGAGCUGUGGCAGGGAGGCCCUGACACAACACCAUGCGGUUAUUUUUGCACAGUUCUCAGCGUGCGACAACCCCGCCUGCAUCAAAGCCAAGCAAGACGCGGAACAGUUGUCGGAGCGGGUGUUCAUGGUCUGGGACUCACACGGCCCGCACGUGCGGCUGGAGAUGACCAUGCGGCUACCACGGACUGUGGAAUUCCAUGAGAAGGGGGUGCCCACCAAGGAUGUCUUCUCCCGCAUCUACUCCAGCAAAUUUUGGGGCAACGCCGGUGGAGGCUCGGGUAUUGGGUCCGAGCCCUCCUCGACAGCGGUACUCCGGCCCAAGCUUGUCGACGUCAUCAAGAAGUAUGGCAUCAAGUCAAUGCUGGACGCUCCCUGUGGCUCGCUGGCCUGGAUGCCGCUGGUUCUGGAGCAGGUCCCGGACAUGACCUACACCGGCAUUGACGUGGCGUGUGAUGUCAUCGCGCAGCACCAGGUCAACUACGCCAACCGCACUAAUUGGAGGUUCUACUGCGCGGACGUGUGCCACCAGGGCCUGCCGCGGGCUGACAUCGUGUUCAGUAGGGACUCAUUGCAGCACUUGCCGCUGAGCUAUGCCCAUGCCUUUCUGCGAAACGUGCGGGAGAGCGGCGCAAGGUACCUGCUAGUAGGCUCCUACAUCAACGGCACAACCGCCAACAUCGAUGUGCCCAUCGGCGGCUAUUAUCACAUCAACGUGCUUAACCAGCCCUUCUCGCUGCAGCACGCGCUGCUCGAGACGCUGUCGGAGGAGGUGGGCUACUCCAACGACUCGCCCAAGUCCAUGAUGCUACUGGAAGUGGCCAAGAUGUAGCCAGCUAGGAUCGGCGGGGCCAAAGGACGGGGGUGGGGGUGGGGCAGUGCCACAUGCCAGAUGACGUGUGACAGCGCUCAACGUGUGCGCCAGGCCAGCGCUGCGAGUGAUUGUGGAGGUGGGGGGCGUGGGGUGGUGGGCAGGUUACGGUAGUUAGUUGCGGGUCACUUUUGCGGCUAAAGCCCCCGGGGCGCAGCAAUUCAGAGUCCGUGCGAGCGUGCAUGCGUCGGCACCAAAUGUAAUAUAAGGCAGUA